AUGCCUUAACAAUCACAAGGGUAUGAUAGGAACUCCACGUUGAACAAUCCGUUUGGUGACCUGGUCAGCAGAAAGAGAUAGGAUGUUGGCAAAACAGAUGGUUUCUGCUACUUGUUCACAGAAUCUUAUGGCCAAAGCCCUGUAUGAUAACCGGGCAGAGACGGCAGAUGAGCUGGCAUUCCGUAAAGGAGACAUCCUGACGGUGAUUGAGCAGAACGUCAAAGGCAACGCGGGAUGGUGGAGAUGCUCUCUUCACGGGCGCCAAGGUAUUGCCCCUGGCAACCGUCUCCAGCUCCUCGCCAACCCCAAGCAGGACGAGCCUCCCACCUAUGUGUCACAUUACUUGAGCAGGUGCCAAUCCACCGGGCCGAACAUUUACCAGGUCCCGAGCACCACCAGCUUCGAGGCUCCUUCCAAGUGUGCCGUCUUCCCUCUGGCCAGGAGCAGUGGGUAUCAAGUCCCCAACACCCCGCAGUCCUGUGCUCAGAUCUACCAAGUCCCGACCAUGUCUCCUGCAGGACCACACCAUGAUCUGGAUCCAGCAGCGGCACGUCAGGCGGCGUCUUUUCCGCGAAUGCAUCGGGACUUUACACAGAGUUGGCCGUUGGGAUCUCCGAGAGAUACAUACGAUGUACCACCGUACCGCUAUGGAACGAGUGAGGUAGGAAAAUCAAUGAAACACUCUAUGUUCCAAACGUCUGCCGAGAGGAGGCAGAUUCAGCAGCUGGAUGAUAUCCCUCCCAGCUUUGAGAAAUACAUAGCUCCAGCGCAGCCGCAGGUGUACGAUGUUCCUCCCAGCGUGUGCAGAGACGGACCGACGAGAAACGGCAUGUACGACAUCCCGGCUCCGUUCGGGAGAGAAGCUCCGGAGGGAGCGAAGCUGCGAAACAGCUGCACGCUGCCAUCUCCCUGCAAGCCCGACUGGAGCAACGGUUUACUGGAAAACAACGAGAGCAAGGAACGCCGGGCCUCAGUGCAGGCUCUGUACGAUGUGCCGGUGCCUCACACCGAGGCUACCGUCUCCACGCAAGCCUCUUAUGACACACCGCCAACCAAAUACAGCCCACUGUGGGCAGACCGCCCUGACUUUGGUACCGCGAUAAAUCGAUUGGAGGCGGGCACCGGGUACAAUACCCCGCAUACGCCCGCCAAGUAUGGCCCCGCGCUCGCCAGGGAGGCGCUUUACGACAUCCCCACAUCGCGGGAGCAAGCCAAAAGCCCGUCCAGGAAUCCCGGGAUCUAUGACAUUCCGGUCAACAACCUCAAAGCUACUCAGGAUCCGAGAAACAUUUACGACAUCCCCACGGCGACAGCCUCGCAGCUGCAGGUGGCCGUUGGUCAGGAAAGGCCAUUGAACGCCAGCAACAAUGGCGUCCGUGUCCUCGAGGUUCCUCUGCAGGCCUCGAGGGACUUGGCCAAAUUCAGCCAGGAGAAGACCGAGAGCCCGGAAACUUCCGCGUCGCCCACUAGGGCCACCCCCUCGACUGCUCCUCCGAUUGCGGCCGCCCCUAAACUGGCGCAAGAGAUAACUUUAGACCUGGACUCGGCCAUCGAAAGGCUGGUCAAGCUGCAGCAGAGGGUGGCUGACUCGGUGGCCAGCAUGAUGGCCUUUGUGAGCAGCAAGUGGCGGCUCCUGGAGCACCUGGAGCAGCACAUCGAGGAGAUCCGCUUGGCCUCGCAGAAGAUCAUGGAAUCACUGGGCGCGUUGAUGGGCUUUGUGAAGGGGGUGAGGGUCAACUCGGCCCGUCUGACAGACUGCAACGUCCAGAACCGACUGUGCAAACAGCUGCAGAUCCUGGAGGAUUCACACCAUAUCAUGGUGGAGACCAGCCAGGCAUUGCAUGGCUGCCAAUGGUCCCUUAGUGCCCUGGUUGUCAGUCAGCCCCAGGCGAAUCCUGACAACCUUGAUCGCUUUGUCAUGGUCACUCGUACUGUCCCAGAGGAUGUCAAGCGGCUGCUGUCUAUAAUAAUUGCCAAUGGGAAGCUUCUCUUCAAGCGUCUGGAGAAGCCAGAGGACAACAAGCCUGAGGAAACGUCUUCCCCAACGAAGCAGCCGGUGUUGAGCUACCACCUCAGCCUCCACAGGAGAUGUAACGGGAAUUACAACGGGCAGAGAGGCUCUCUCUCCAUCUCACCGAACAAGGACUUCACCUCGAAACCAAGCGUCAUGCCCCGUUUCAAACGAACUCAGACAGAGGACUGUGAUUAUGUCCAUUUACAGAGAAAGGAGGAAUUCGAGUUGGAACAGAAAAAGGAGAGUAUCAGAGAGAAAAAGCCACCACCUGCCACACAGCCCAAGGAUGUGAAGGCCAAUAAACUGGUGGAAGGCAACAGACUGAGUCAGAAGGAAGGGCGCUCUGCGAGCUCCAGCAGCGAACACUGCAGGAUGUUCCUUAAUGCUCUGCACAAGGCCAUCGUGUCCUUCAACGGCUGUAUGGACGGUGGGCAGCCCCCGGAGGCCCUGAUCAAACACAGUAAAGUCAUCAUCAUGAUCGGCCAGAAACUGGUGGACAUGAUGUGCAGGGAGUCGGAGGCGAAGGAAGUUCACAAGGAGGUGCUGAGCACCAGCAACCAGUUCUGUAACGUGCUCAAGAACCUGGCCAUGGCCACCAAAAGGGCAGUGGUGCAGCCAAAUGCCACCGCGGGGCACGAGAUCAGGGAGCACGUGGUGGAGAUAUCGCAACACGCCGAGCACUUCAGGGCUCUGCUGGAACUGAAGCCGUGACCACUGAGAGGCGGGCGGGCAGGCGGGCGGCAGAAGAUGUUUUUAUAUUUAGCUAACGUUCACUUUAAAACUUGGAGUCCCAUGGUGGUUAUC